UCUUAACAGUCGCCACGCUGAACGGCUUAACUAUUGUAUAUUUUUAAUGAUCAGCCUGAAGAGACCGCAAACUGCAUCUACAGACAACAAACUCCCAUAAGAGAAAGCCAUGAGAGACAGGCUGAGUCACCUCCAUCAGGUGCAGACUGACUCUGAGUGUUUCAGCACAGUGGAGCUGGACCAUUUGUCAGAGCAUGCGGCCACAUCGCAUCCUGACCGGGACCUGGACCUGGACGGCAUCCUGCAGGAGGCCCUACAGAUACAUCUGGAGAUCCAGCAGAUCCAGAGCGACGUCAGCGAGCUGAAAGAUGUGAACUGCCGGUCCUUGAACAAGACCUCGUGCCCCCUGGCGUCAAAGCGGGACGCCAAUGCAAUCGGGGUGGAUGUUAAACGCAGGGGAGAGGCUGUGCUGCAGCGGCUGCACAUGAUGAAUGCUCUCAGAGGGGAACUGGAGGCCCAGCGUGGCACCUUUGACCCCGCAGCACGCGUUGCUCAAACACAGUACCAGUGUCUCAGCAACGCUCUGCGGGAGGCGAUGUGCAGCUACAACGACACCGAGAUGAGCCACAGGGAGGCCUGCAAACGGCAGAUCCGGAGGCAGAUGGAGGUGAUGGACAAGGAGGUCGGCGCGGAAGAGCUGGAGGAGAUGAUGGAGAGCGGGGAGUUGAACGUGUUCAGCGCCCAGGUGGAAGGCAAAACGGCUCACUCGGCCUUCCUGCAGAUCGAGGGCCGACACGAGGAGCUGCUGGAGCUGGAGAAGAGGAUCCAGGGGAUCCAGGAGCUGUUUCUGGACGUGGCUGUGCUCACAGAGGAGCAGGGGUUAGCCGUCGACAACAUCCAGAAAAACGUUCAAAAUACCGAAGUGACCGUUCAGGAUGCCGCGGUCAAGCUGGACAGAGCGAUGACAUCUGAUAAAAACAACCCUUUCAAGCAGAUGUUUUGUUGCUGCUUUCCAUGUUUUAACAAUUAGGUCCCUCUGGUCUGUGUGGUAAAAGCUGCACUACAAACUAAAGGAACAAGACCUUAAGACAUUGCUACAAAUGAUCUAUUCCCCUCAAUCUCUAUUUGGUAGCUGUUCUGGAGCUUUGGUUAUUGUAUCAUGAGACUAACUGAAUAACACUGGCUCCAGCGUGAAGAUAGAUGCUGGUGAGUUCAGUCACAACGAGCACAGUAGAUGGAUCUGUUCGACAGUUCAGUGAAAGGUUUAAACACUGAUAUUGAUGGUGUGAAGUUAGACAUGUUGUGAGUUACCAACAAACAAUAGAAUUUACUUAGUUUGUCUCAAUUAGCAAAUAUCAGCAAAUAGCUGUAUAUUCUAGUAGGGAAUCUAAAACAUCAUUCAUGAAGCUACAUUAGCUCAAAGCCUGUUCUGGAGCUUUGCAUCAUGUGACAAAGAUGUUUUCAACAGCUGUUUCCUAAGUGAAGAAUGAAUAUUACAUCUUAAACCAACAUGGACAUGAUGUCCUUAAAGUGCUGGAAAGAAAUUGGCCAUGACAACUGAGGCUCCAUCUGCCGAUGAAGGUCAUGUGACAUCUGAUCGAAAGCCAGUGGUGGAAUAUAAACUCACUCAAAUACUUAUCUACAAAUGUGAGGUUCUUGGACUUGAUUUGUGUUUCCUUUCAUGCUACUUCAUCCUCCACCACAAUUCAGAGAGAAAUAUUUAGCAUUUGUACUCCAGCAUAACUAUUUGAUAACUUGUGUUACUUUGUAAUUCAAGAUUUUACCUACAAAACAUGAUAAACUGAUAAAAUGUGGUGCAUCGUUAAAUAUUAAAUAUAAAGUGAAUGCAUCCGUAGCUAUAAUAUAUAAUAACACAAUAUAUAACACUUGCAAGGGUAAUGAUUCAGCAUUAUGUGUACUUUUUAAAGAUGAUACAUACUUAAUAUUGUAUAAAAAUGUCUGUAUUUUCUCAGUCUGGUACUUUUACUUCCAGCUAUGGAACUUGUGGUGAGACUAUUUUGCCCACUGCUGUUUUCUGCUGUAAUAUCAGAAUAAUAAGGUCUACUUCCGUUUCUCCUUAUUCAUCAUGACAAUAAAUUGGUCGACCUCAAACAAGUCUAAAAAGUACUUAAAGAUCCUUAACCCUUUGCGCGCAAAUUGCCAAACGCUCAAAGUCACCUGCGCGCUUUGAUCUUC